GGGAUACAGAACAAAGUAGAGGAUUUGGGUUUGUGACAAUGAUCACAGUAGAAGAAGCUGAGAAAGCUGUGGAGAAGUUCAAUGGCUAUGAUUUGAGUGGAAGGGCUCUUACUGUAAAUAAGGCUGCACCAAGAGGUUCACAAUCAGAAAAACGAGUGGUGGGGACUUCUUUCAAGAUCUAUGUGGGUAACCUAGCAUGGCAAGUGGAUAGUGAACGUCUGGAGCAGACGUUUAAUGAACAUGGGAAAGUGGUCAAUGCAAGGGUGAUUUAUGAUCGUGAAAGUGGAAAAUCACGUGGGUUUUUGUCAGCUUCGUGA